CGGUUCGAUGGAGGUAGGCCGUGAAAUAAUGCAUGCUGCAGCUAGCAGCAACUUGAAACAAGUUUCACUUGAAUUAGUAGAAAAGUCACCUCUUCUAAUUUUUUAUGAUGCUGAUGUAGAUAAAGCUGAUAGCCUUGCUCUCUUGGGCAUAGUAUAUAACAAGGGUGAGAUAUGUGUUGCAAGUUCACGUGUGUUUGUUCAGGAAGGGAAUGUGCUGAAUAAUUAUAUUAAAAGAUGGAUUUAGGCAUUCUUUUCUUCCUCUUUCACACCCUGCAGGUUUUGACAGCUACUAGAAUUAGAUAUUGGAGGUUUUGUUCAAUUAGAUGCUAGGUUUUGACAAGUCUCCAUGAGA